UUAAAGCAGGCCGUUGGGUGUUUUGAGAUUAAGCAAAUAGUCAGUUGAGCUCUGGAGUUUCCCCAACGCACAAAAAAAAAAAACAGUCGCAUUAGAUUCGAAGCUGAAUUCUUGUUAAUGUUUCGUUUGUACGAGCUCUACUCGCUGUAUUUAAAAAAGAUGGCCAGCUACGGAACAUCGCCGACUUGGUGUCUCUGCGAGAAACUGCCGCGCUCUAUUCUACACAUUGCUCCAACUCCGGAGCUUUGGUGCGAGGUGUGCGGACGACGCCGGCGGCCGCGCGCCUGCAUAAGCUCGUCGAGCGAUGAGGAGGAAAAGGCAGCGGUGCGACAACAAAUGCUAGCGGAGCGUCGACGCUCCGAGGAGGGGCGCCAGGGCUCAGUCCGCGUCAAGGUGGCCAUGACCGCUAAGAAACCCAAGCCCAGGCGCAAGGCCAGCUGCAUGAAGUGCGGCGGUGAGCCAAAGCCCCCGCUGGGUGGGUGUGGGGCUGGUCCACAGCAGUCGAAAUCUAAGGGCACCAACCACAAGCUAUACGCGGGCCGCUUCGGGCACUAUCGCAAGCCGCAGCGCUUGCAGGCCAAACGCAAGGACGAAGAUGCCGCAAACGGACCAAUGAACCAGAUUGAGAUUGAGCCGGUGGCAACAGCACCACCGCCACCACCAUCACCACCGCCAUCGCCGCCGGCUUAUGCCGCCAAGCCAAGCGAAUCGUUGUGGGAGCAGCCCAGCGAGGAUAUGCCCAAUCUGGUGGCAUUUGCGCACGAAGUAUUCAAUCGACCGCUGCAUCUGCGCAAGCGCCAGCCCAGCUUCUAUGACAAUCUCUUUGUGAGCGACUUUAUACCGCUGGACAAACCCAUUACGGAUUCGGCAGGCGGCGCCAUCUCCAAGCGACGCCGACUUUUUGGGCGUCCGCUGCGCUCGCAUUGCAGCCGCCCGCUGCCGCCGCUAUCGCAAGUUCUAUCCGAGAUUCUGGCCAAGCAGAAGGUGCGCGCUAAAGGUGGCGGCUUGGCGCCCAAAGAAGAAGAGCCCAACGGAAGCAAUGAAGCCACACAAUUCUCACCGUUCGACAUCUAUGAAGGACCCUCGGAGGAUGCACUCGUUGUGGAUAGCGCUCGUCUGGUGCUGCGCCAGCCCAAAGCUUUACAUAUCAAGCAACGUGCAGAUUUGCCUCCCACCAGACUCUCCAGCUUCGAGUCCGAGCCGAGCAGCGACUGCUCCUCGUCGUCGCCCUUCGAUGUGCCCUCGGCGCCGCCCGCAGAGCGGCAGCGGCAUAGCUAUAGUGUGGGCGCUCCCCUGCGCCUGCACGAAAUGAUGAAGGCGGUGGCCCAUUCGGGUCUGUCCGAUAGCAGCGCAUCCAGCAGCAGCUCGAGCAGCAGCAGCCAUAAGAGUGCCAGCUCCACGCUGCCCGUACAUCAGCAGUCGGUGCGCAGUCGGGGCGGGGAGGAGCCGCCAUAUAUUGAGGAGAAGCCAGCUGAGCCCGAACUGCUGCCCAUUUCAAUCAUAGAAAAGAUCUUAUGGCUAAUGGAACAGAAACCAGCCACUGAAAACGGACCCACGAAUCCCUUGACAGACGACGCCUUGCAGCAAAUUUCCCUAAUUGAGAAGCAGGACGAACACAUUGAGAAUAGUCACUCGGAGUCGGUAAAAGGUCUCCUCCAGUUUAUGGAAAGCCUGCACAUCACCGAUGCCGGCGAGAGCGACGAUAAUCGUUCAGAGAUCUUGAAUAACGAUGCAGAGCUUAAGAUUGUAGACACUCCCGUGCCAGAAUCACACCACCCAAAUGACAUGUCAAACGAAUUGCCUUUAAAUUCUUCAAAUAAAUCAGCAGGUGAUGAAAAGUAUGUCAACAUUUUCUCGAAUGGCGGCAACAGACCCAACCUAGACAAGGGCUUUGCCCCAAACCGACGGGCGCGUCUCUUGUCAAAGCCUACCAGCCCGCAGUCCAGAUCCAGCGGCAGCACCUCGAUGUGGUCCAUAAUUAGUGGCCUGUUCACAUCAAAGCAAUCCAGCGCGAAACCAACUCUUUCCUCAAGUCAUGACGAGGAAAUGAAACCACUGAAAAGAUCACAUAACCUGCACUAUGGAACCAUAAAUGCGCAUAACACUAAGCCCACAAAGCCAUCACAUCCAGUGCAAUCUAAAGAAAUCAAAGAAAGCAAGCGGAGCUGCCAGAGAUGUGGCCUGAAUCGUAAGAAAAAGAACGUGGCGAAUGCAAAUAUACAAAAUAAACUAAAUAAUUGCUGUGGAGCACAGAAGCCCUGCUGCAGGCCGCAUUCAUCUACAGAUUCCAAAAUAACCACCACCAGUCCUUGUCAGACAACUCCAGGAACAAGCUCCACAAGGAUUGAGCUGAAAGCAAAAUUAGGGAAGCCAAACAUUAUAAUAAAUAAGAAAUGUAAAAUCAAUCGAGAAGAGCUUAAGAAGAGUGUGGUUCCCAAAUCGUUGGAUAGCUCAAAGCUUGGGGCGAGUAUCACAAAUGGAGCAGCAGAGUGUCCAACGCCAGCUCAAUCCGUAACCAAUAGUUCCACACAUUUCGAAUCGUGUUUCGGAAUUGCGAGUCCAUCAGUAAAACCAGCAGCACGGAGCGCAAAUCUGAAGCCUGGCCCAGAACUCAAAAAUAAUCUUCUCCAGGAACUGUUGGAUAAGUUGAAGGCCAGCAAAAGACAAAAGCAGCCAACCGUAUAUCAUGCUAUAAGGACCUUGGCAACAGUUCGACAUGCCAGCAGCGAGAUUAUCAAUCCCAAAAUGGUGGCCGUUGCUAGAGACGUGACUUGCGCAUCCAACACUGGACAGAUGCAACAAUACAUUGUAAGCCCGGCUAUUGUUCCGGAAUCUUCCUUGGGCAUAUACGAGUUUCGAACUCCGGACAUACAAGCCAUCGAACUGGCUAAAAGCAAUGCAAAUUCUAAGCAGGGAAACUUGGAAGAAAAGCCCACACCUAUCGCUCAUUCAGAAACGUGUCCGCAAACUGAUGAAUCCUCGGUGAACAGCAAUGUCCACGAAAACAAAAGUCGCGUGCCACAAAAGAAAAGUCAUCCAGUAUGGCCGGCUCAUCCUUUCAGGCACAGAAAGGGACAUAUCAAAUACAAAGCCAUGGAACUGGAACUGAGUUAUGCACUCAGCGAUGAAAAUAUGAGCAUGAAGAAUAAGCCACUUAAAGAAAGCGUGUCCAAAGAAAAUAAGACCUUAAAGAAUCGUAAGAGACGAAAGAAUAACGAAAUGUGGAUAGUUAAUGAAAUGGUGCACCAGAAAAUAAACGAAAUGAUGACAAAGCCCAUAAAGCUCCUAAGUGUGAAUGAGUCCAAAGCACUUCAAACCUAAAAGAUCAAAAACCGAAGUAACCAAAGACAUGCUACAAACUCCUGUAGGAAGAAAUCGAGUUGGGGAAACGAAAUAGUUAAGAGCAAGAUAAUUGGAGAGCGUCCUACCUUUAUACCGUAUACAAUAUUAUAUCGUAACCUGUUUGCUUCAUUUUCCAGAUCAUGUGCUUGCCACCAGGUGCACGGCCCAUCCGGGUGCAUUAUCGCAAUCCUGCAGCAGCCUUGUUGAGUGCCUGUGCCAGUGUGACUUUCUGGUUUAUAUAUUACUUAGCAUAUUGUCUUAUUUUUUUAGCCGGCGUAGCUGUCAUAUUUGGUUUACUUUUUCCCCGAUAUGCCUGGUAUUUGCUGAAUCAUUCCUUGGAUCAAUACCAUAUAGAGCGUCAAUUUAAAGACGAGUUAUGAGCGAGUUAAAUAUAUUUUAAAAAUUGUGUAUUAAUAAAAUAUUCUUUUCUAAUUAAAA